AAACAGGUGGUCUGAAAACACACAGAAAACAAUGUUGUGCGGCGGGGGGAAGCGGAAAGACCUCUAGUCCUCUCUUUUUUACCAAAGGAAUAACCCGGGACCGCCGCGGAGGAGCCGAACCAACGGACAAACCCAUGCUCCUCUCCUCCUCCCCUCCUCCUCCCCCUCGUCCACCGCCGCCUCCUCGUCUCUGUUUUUUCACUCCGAAUCCGGGGCCGAGAUCUCGGACACGGGAGCCAUGAAAGUCACGGUGUGUUUCGGCCGGACCCGGGUGGUGGUGCCGUGCGGGGACGGACACAUGAAGGUGCACAGCCUCAUCCAGCAGGCUGUCAUGAGGUACAAGAAGGCCAUUGCCAAGGACUCCAGCUACUGGCUGCAGGUCCACCGGGUGGAGCACGGCGACGGCGGCAUCCUGGACCUGGACGACGUGCUCUGCGACGUGGCCGACGACAAAGACCGGCUGAUCGCGGUGUACGACGAGCAGGAGCCCCACCACGGCGGCGACGGCACCAGCGCCAGCUCCACCGGCACCCAGAGCCCCGACCUGUUCGCCGCCGACCUCGGCGUCGCCGGCAGCGGAGCGUCGGCCUUCCACCCGUACCAGGUGGCCAGCGAGAUCGAGGUCACGCCCUCCGCCAUGCGCACCAACAUGCCGCUCCACGUGCGGCGCAGCAGCGACCCGGCGCUGCUGACGGCCAACGGGCCGUUCGGCGAGCCGCGGGUCCAGACGGAAGAGCUGCCGUCCAGGAAGAACCCGACCCGCUGGUCCACCACGGCCGGCUUCCUGAAGGCUCGCCACGCCUCCGGCGCCAGCAGCCUGGAGAGGAAGAGCAAAGCGAAGGACACGUACCGCAGCCUGCCGCGGGACGCCGGCGCCUGGGCCAAUCAGGGCGAGUUCCAGAGGGAGACGGCCCGCUCGUCACUCAGCGCCAACCACCCCAUGGUGGACCGCUGGCUGGAGAGGCAGGAACAGGAGGACGAGGCCGGGGAGGAGGAAAACGGGCGGAUCGAGCCGGUGGGCCGGGCCGACUCCUGCGUGGACCACACCCCCGUGAGGUCGCUGGAAGACAUAGUCAAACUGGUGGAGGUGUCAAACGACGGUGGGCCGCUGGGGAUCCACGUGGUGCCUUUCAGUGGCAGAGACCGAAGGACUCUGGGCUUGCUGGUCAAGCGUCUGGAGAAAGGAGGCAAGGCCGAGCAGCAGGGCCUCUUCCGGGAGAACGACUGCAUCGUCCGCAUCAACAACGGGGACCUGCGCAACAUCCGCUUUGAACAAGCCCAGAACAUGUUCCGCCAGGCCAUGCGCACCCCGGUCAUCUCGUUCCACGUGGUUCUGUCGUCGGUGAAGUUCGACUACGAGCAGCUCCACCAGGCGGAGAGGAGCCCGGCGUCCGGCCACGGCGACCAGCGGGACCACGCGCCGCCGCACAGGGUGUCCCGCCACGGCUCUCAGACCCGCCCCCAUCACCACCACCCGCCGCCGGACCCCGACGGCUACCCCCCUCUGCCUCACCCGGCCGCCGCCAAGCCGCCGACGGGACACACCCCCUCGCCUCAGAGGGCGCAGACCGCCACGCCGACGGGAGGCUACGGCAAGAAGGUCGGGAGGAGGCUCAACAUCCAGCUGAAGAAAGGUCCCGAGGGUCUCGGCUUCAGCAUCACGUCCCGGGACGUUCCCAUCGGCGGCUCGGCGCCCAUCUACGUGAAGAACAUCCUGCCUCGGGGAGCCGCCAUCCAAGAUGGCCGCCUCAAGGCCGGGGACCGGCUGCUGGAGGUGAGCGGCGUGGACCUGAACGGGCGGACCCAGGAGGAGGUGGUGUCUCUGCUCAGGGCCACGCCCAUGGGCGGAGUCGUGGGCCUGCUGGUCCUCCGGCAGGAGGACACGUUCCUCGCCAGAGACGAGAACGCUGAGCCCCAGAUGCAAAGCCCCAGAGACGUGCAGCCCAGGCAGCCCGUGACGGCGGCGAAGCCCCAUUGGCUGAUUGAGAAAAAACCCAUAGCCUGGGCCAGGAGGGUGUCCAAAAGGAACCAGGAGACACCGGGCAGUCCUCUGGGCGGCAGUCAGCUGACCAUGAACACCUCCCUGGACGACCACGAGCGCCGCAUCUCACACUCGCUGUACGACGGCCUGGAGGGACUCGACGACAACCUGAUGCCCCGGCACGGCAUGAUGCCACGCACCAUCGGUAACUACCAGCUGUCGCCCACCGUCAACAUGCCUCAGGACGACACGGUGAUCAUCGAGGACGACCGCUCGCCGCCGCCGCCGCCGCUGUCCGACCGCUCGUCCUCCAGCUCCCACGACGACGUGGGCUUCGCCGCCGACACGCCGCCGUUACCGCCGCCGCCCGCCCCGGGUGACAGCUCCGUGAACCCGGAUGAAAGCGACCCGGACGCCAGUUUCCAGAGGGAGGGCUUCGGGCGCCAGAGCAUGUCGGAGAAACGCACCAAGCAGUUCGGAGACGCCUCGCAGCUCGACAUCCUCAAGACGCGCAAGUCCAAGAGCAUGGACCUAGUAGCCGACGAGAUUAACCUCACCCCCCGACCCUCCGCCAACGCAGGUUCUUCCACGAAGGACGUGGGCCCGUCGCUCGGCCUGAAGAAGUCCAGCUCGCUGGAGAGCCUCCAGACGGCCGUCGCCGAGGUGACCCUCGACGGGGACCUCCCCUUCCACAGGCCCCGUCCCCGCAUCAUCCGGGGGCGGGGCUGCAACGAGAGCUUCCGGGCGGCCAUCGACAAGUCCUACGACCGGCCGGUGGCGACGGAGGAAGACGACGAGGGCAUGGAGACACUGGAGGAGGACACGGAGGAGAGCUCCCGGUCGGGGCGGGACUCCGUGUCCACGAUGGCCGACCAGACGCCGCUGACCGGCGGCGCCGAGCGGCCCCUGGUCAACGGCACCAGUCGCCCCAAAGAGGAGAAGAAGAAGGACAAAGAGAAAGGGGGGAAGGAGAAGGACAAGGACAAGAAGAAGAAGCAGGAGGAGGGCGGGAAGGAGAAGGAGAAGGGGAAAGCCAAGAAGGGCAUGCUGAAGGGACUCGGGGACAUGUUCAGGUUUGGAAAGCACCGUAAGGACGAGCGUCCCGGGGACAAGAUGGAGCGCCGAGGCUCCAGCAAGUGGCGGGCGGAGGAGAUGCAGGUGUCGGACGAGGAGACGAGGAAGAUGAGGAUGGAGCAGGAGAGGAUCCAGGCCAAGACGCGAGAGCUGCGGCAGCGCCAGGCCCGCGAGCGCGACUACGCCGAGAUCCUGGACAUCGGCCGCUCCCCGGAGAGGGCCGCCUCCUCCUUGGAGGAAGAGGAGGAGGAGGAGGAGGAGGAGCACCCGUACGCCGGCAUCAACCCCCUGAACAGCUCCGUGGACAGCGGGCACAGCCCCCGGGACGACCAGCAGCACCCGGAGUCCCUCUACACCCACGGGGGCAAGGCCCGCAACGAGCGGCCCCCGUCCGCAGACAGUAGCCGGCUAGCGCCGAGCAACCACGAUCGGAUACAGACGCUGCGGCAGGAGUUCCAGCAGGCGCAGAGCGUCCCGGACGACCCCGACGACCGCCGGAGGACCUACAGCUUCGAGCAGCCCUGGUCGAACGCCGGCAGCAACGGGCAGGCGGCGCGCGGCCAGCAGCCGGGGCGCCACUCGGUGUCCGUGGAGGUCCAGAUGCAGCGGCAGCGCCAGGAGGAGAGAGACUCGUUCGCCCAGGCUCAGCGGCAGUACAGCUCCCUGCCACGGCAACCCAGGAAGAACCCCAGCUCCGUCUCCCAGGACCCGUGGGACAAGGCGAACCCGCCCGGCGAGGUCUUCCAGUCGGCGAAGGACAACCCGCGCUACUCGAGCUACCAGAGCUCCAGGAACGGACACCCGGGCGGCGGGGGGGGCGGAGUCAACGCCCGCGUCCUCCUGGAGGCCCAGGAGCUGCUGAGGCAGGAGCAGCGGCGCCGGGAGCAGGAGGCCAAAGGGAAGCUGGCGCAGGAGAGCGGCGGCGGCGGGUACCCCGCGGCGCGCCUGAAGGACCCCGCCUCCCCCAAGGGCCCGUACCGCCACGACGUGCCGCCGUCGCCCUCGCAGUUGGCGAGGAUGAACAGAAUCGGGUCGGAGAAAGGAAGACUUUUUUAUUCCUGAGGAACGAAGAGCCGGACGGAGGACUGGAGCGGCGGGGGGCGGCGGCGGCGGAAAGGGCGGCGGCGUAAAGGGCGGCGGCGGGCGCCACGAGCCUCGAGGACGGGGCGCCCUAAAGGUCCGGGGGACUCUGAUUCAUCGAGAAACUGGCGGGAGAGCGGCGAGCGAGUGGGCGUGUCCUUCUGAGCGAGUGGGCGUGUCCUUCUGAGCAAGUGGGCGUGUCCCUCUGAGCCCACGGGGAGGCGUCCCUUUCCGUGUGGGCUUUACGUGUUUCACCGGCGGGCGUUCGUGGCGUUAAAAGUCCCGCAUGGCGCCCCCCCCCCCGUUUCCUCCUCGACUCCUUCACUCACUCACUCGACUCCUCGGGGAGAAGAGAGAACACGGGCGUAAAUGUAGGAGAGAAGCAGGAGGCGCAGUGUGCGUGUUAUUAAUUAAACCUCCGAUCCCCUUCCCGCUCCGCUCUGAGCUCGACUCCCCGGCCUCCCGCCUCUCUGUCUGUCUCCGGCUCCUUGUCGUCCUCCUCUCUGUUCAUUAGCUUCCUUUCCUUCUACCUCGACACCUCUAUUCUCGCCUCCUUCCUCUCAUCGCAGCCCUCCUCCUCCUCCUCCUCCUCGUCGCUCCAGAAUCCGAACGUUUCUUCGCGAGGAGAUGGCAGAGCGCCUCCGACGCGCCGAGACGGAGUCGAGAUGGCAGACGGGCGAUCGACCGGCCGGCGUGAGGCGAGCCGCGUCUCCUCUGGAGGAGGAGGAGGAGGAGCUGGAAGAGGAGGCGCGAGGAGUUAAUCGCUUUCAACGGCGGUAAUUUUAGCCGUUAAAGCGUUUAGCGGGACACGCCUCUCCAGGAUGGACUCUGCUUCUCCUCCAUCAGAUGUGAGAUUAGUCUGUUGGAGAGGGACAGGAAACAGGAAGUGCCCCUCCCCCCCUCCCCCCCCCCUUCACUUGCAGAACGUUCACCCUGGUGGUUCAUGGAGGUAAUGGAUGACGAUGAAGACUACGUGGCAUUAUUCCCGCGUGUGAUUGGGCGUCACGCCGCGUUGACUCCGCCCCCUCGCCGACGGUUUGAAUCCACGAAGAAAACCAAAUAAUAUAGAAGCUGUGGAGAAGAACUGAGAUCCAUCAUCAAUCAUCAAUAAUCAAUAAGUGCCUUUCUACACGAGGACGUGAUGAUUUGUUUCAUAUCAUUUAUUAAUAUGUCCUCUUUGGCUCCUCCUCCAGUGUGUUUUAUUUUGGCGGGUCAUGGACCGCAACGCGUUUAAACAUAAUAAUAAUGAGGAGUGAAGUUGAAGCGCUCGUUGUUUGUUUGUGUGUUUUUUUUUACAUUCUUGAGGAAUGUAAACAGAAUGUUUUUGUUUUCCUGUACAAAUCAAAUCUAGAAUAAAACGGAGAGCCGUUUACAUCCUG